CCGUUGCCGCCGCCAUGGCCGGAGCCGGAGCCCGAGCCCGGUGGGCGCCGCUGGCUCUGCUGUGUCUCGCUGUCACCGCGUCCCCGGGACGCGCCGCGGAGCAGCUGCACGUCUGCAAGGAGUCCGAGUACCACUACGAGUACACGGCGUGUGACAGCUCCGGGGAACGCUGGAGGGUGGCGGUGCCGCACAGCCCCGGGCUCUGCACCGGCCUGCCCGACCCCGUCCGCGGCACCGAGUGCUCGUUCUCCUGCAAGGCGGGCGAGUUCCUGGAGAUGCAGGCGCAGUCGUGCCGCCCCUGCGCCGCGGGCACCUACUCGCUGGGCACCGGCGUCCGCUUCGACGAGUGGGACGAGGUGCCCCGAGGGUUCGCCAACGUGGCCACCAACCUGGAGCUGCAGGAGGGGCCCGGGGACCCCGCCGGGAACUGCACCGGGUCGACGUGGGUGCCCCUGGGGGACUACGUGGCCUCGAACACGGACGAGUGCACGGCCACGCUCAUGUUUGCCGUGAGCCUCAAGCAGGCGGGGACCGUCACCUUCGAGUACAUCUACCCCGACAGCAGCAUUGUCUUCGAGUUCUUCGUGCAGAAUGACCAGUGCCAGCCCACGGUGGAGGAAUCCCGAUGGAUGAGAACGACAGAGAAGGGCUGGGAAUUCCACAGCGUGGAGCUGAGCCGCGGGAACAACGUGCUGUACUGGAGAACCACCGCCUUCUCCGUGUGGGCCAAGGUGCCCAAACCGGUGCUGGUGCGGAACAUCGGCAUCACAGGGGUCGCGUUCACCUCCGAGUGCUUCCCCUGCAAACCCGGCACGUUCGCGGCCGCGCCCGGCUCUGCCUCCUGCCAGCCCUGCCCCGCCGACACCUUCUCCGGGAAAGGGGCCACCGCCUGCCAGCCCUGCGAGCCCGGCACCUACGCCGAGCCCGGCUCGGGGUCCUGCAAACCGCGCCCCCCCUGCACGGACAAGGAUUUCUUCUACACGCACACGGCCUGUGACGCGGGUGGGGAGACGCAGCUGCUGUACAAGUGGGCAGAGCCCAAGAUCUGCAGCGAGGAGCUGCCGGGGGCGGCCCGGCUGCCGCCGUCGGGGGGGCGGUCGCGGUGCCCCCCCUGCAACCCCGGCUUUGCCAAGGGCGCCGGCGGCUCCUGCCAGCCCUGUCCCCGCGGCUCCUUCUCCAACGGCUCCGCCUGCCUGUCGUGCCCGCCGGGCACGGAGCCCGCGCUGGGCUUGGAGUACAAGUGGUGGAACGUGCUGCCCCCCAACAUGGAGACCACCGUGCUCAGCGGCAUCAGCUUCGAGUACAAGGGCAUCGCAGGCUGGGAGGUGGCCGGGGACUUCAUCUACACGGCGGCCGCGGCCUCCGACAGCGACUUCAUGAUCCUCACGCUGGUGGUGCCGGGCUUCAGCCCUCCCAGCCCGCUGCUGGAGGACACGGAGAGCCACGAGGUGGGAAGGAUCACCUUCGUGUUCGAGACCGUCUGCAGCGUGGGCUGCGAGCUCUACUUCAUGGUGGGCGUGAACUCCCGCGCCACCAGCCCCGUGGAGACGUGGAGGGGCUCCACGGGCAGACGGUCCUACACGUACGUGGUGCAGCACAACGGCACCCUGAGCUUCACCUGGGCCUUCCAGCGCACCCCCUACCACCAGCCGGGCCGGCGCUACACGGGUGACGUGGCCAAGCUGUACAGCAUCAACGUCACCAACGUGCUGGGGGGGGUGGCCUCCUUCUGCCGCCCCUGCGCCCCCCAGCCCGGGGGUCCCUGCGCCCCCUGCCCCCCCGGCAGCGCCCUGGACCCCUCCUCGGGCACCUGCCGGCCCUGCCCCCCCGGCACCGUCCUGCGGGGACCCCCCUCGGGAGGGACCCCCUCGUGCCAUCCCUGCGGGCCCGGCACGCACAGCAACCAGCUGCGCUCGGUGUGCUACAACAACUGCAGUCUGUGGCUGCGCCAG